AGUUUUGGUUCACGGUUCCAAAUAUAUGUCAUAUUAUGGUAGAUAUUUGACGGUGCGUGCUUAUAUGUUUAGGACUUACCCCCCACUUUUAAGUCGAAGGUCUCAUCCGUAACCUUGAUUUCGACAGUUUCGCUGGGUGAUUAAAUCCCAUUCUCAUCGUUUUCGAACCAGUCCUGUCUCUCUCUAUGUGUACUUUGUGUAUAUACCGGGUGUUUUGCGAUGUAUUUGUGUGUUUGCACGAAUUGUGUGUAUGCAUGUAUGACCAAUAAUGUGAUAUUACGCAACAGCGUCUGUGCCUGUCUGAUGGAUUUGCCAGUGCAUGCAUUGGGGGGACUGGGCAGAUAGUAAUAAUUAGAAACUGAGUGAAGGUGGCAGGCAAGUCCAACUCCAAGUAUAGUACCGCGCUCUCCUUCAACACUCCUUGGAUAUCGUCCUUCUCUUCGACGUCCCUGUCGCUGGUCUGGCCAAUUUGUUUUUUAUCGUGUGUGAGUCCUGUUCGAUGACCGGGGCUUGAUAUGUUACCUUAUCCCAGAUGGAAUCCUUAUGCGAUGACGGGAACCGGGGAAUCACCUCGCCCGACAGUGGAACAACUUCAAGCUUUUGAUUUUUCGAUCAGAGGUCCGUCGUUCGUGCCUGGUGCCACAUACACACCAACAAGCAUCAGUCCUGUAGCAACGGACCUGGGAUCACCACCCGUCCAAGACGAUGGCAAAUCUUGUCUCAUCUGCGGAGAUCGCGCCACAGGUCUUCACUAUGGAAUCGUAUCAUGUGAAGGAUGUAAAGGUUUCUUCAAGAGAAGCAUAUGCAACAAGAGAGUUUACAGGUGUAUGAGGGACAAGAACUGUAUGAUGUCAAGACAGAAAAGGAACAGAUGUCAGUACUGUCGACUCCUUAAAUGCCUACAGGUCGGCAUGAACAGAAAAGCUAUUCGUGAGGACGGUAUGCCUGGUGGUCGAAAUAAAAGCAUCGGGCCUGUUUCGUUGAGCCCUGAGGAGAUCGAACGGAUAAUGUCUGGUGAGGAGUAUGCACGGGAAGAGAUGAACGGACUGGCAACCAAAAGCCCUAACGACGGUAGUGAUGGUGUCUCCCCCACUUUCUCACCAACUUCCGUGGGAUCGAGCUCCAGCGAUCACUUCUUUGACUUCGCUGGAAACCCAGCCCUUGUCGCGUCUGGUGUUGUUGGCAUCAGCGCAGUCGAGUACGCGCGUCGCAUGGAACGCGCAGAACGCGAGGCCUCACGCAAUUUAGCACUCCUACCGGAAGUUGAAGCCCUCAUCAUGGCUGAACCGACUGAACCGCUUACCCUGCCUUUCGAAGUAGCUACGGAUCAACCGGUCAGUUACGCAGGAAUCUUUGAACUCAUCUGCAAGCUCAUGGACCGAAUGCUUCAUCACCAGAUCCAGUGGACCAAGAGGCUGCCGUUCCAAUCAAGAAUCCCCAUCUCUGAUUCAACAUCGCUCCUGACCACUUGUCUUAUCGAGCUCCUGCUGCUUGAAGUCAUGCGGACGCAGCCUUUGGAACUCUUCACCAAGCUCGGUCAAAUCCUUGACACCUAUAUCCCCAGUGAGGACGAGCUGAGAAAGUUCGGGCAGAAUGGACUGGAGAUUAUCGAUGUGGCUACCAACGCACUUGCGAGAUACCGGGCACUCAAGGUCAGCGUCCAGGAACACGUUUGCCUGAAGGUUAUCUGCUUCUUAAACCCUGAGAAUCCAAACUUGACAAAGCUGCCGGUUAUCCAGGAUCUAAGCAAGCAGUACUACUACGUACUACAUGACCACGUGCAGCUGAAUAACAACAUCGCAGCGGAACGAUUCCGUGAACUUCUCAUCCUCAUCCCGCAGAUCCGACACCUGGCAUUGAAGUGCAAUGCGAUCUCAUUUGAUAAUGCGCCGCUGCUCUUUAAAGCCAUCAUGCAUGCCGGUGUGACACCGCUCAAACGCUAACGUUUUGUGGAGAUGCAACGAACGUAGAGGGCGUCUUAGCUAUACCCUAGCUAGACAGAGAUUUUCCAACCCGAUUUCAAUGGGUUACCAAAUGGCACAAUUUCUAUUGAUGUGGCUUGCCUCACAAAGCACUGUGCGCCAUGUUGAUACCCCGAUUGAAACCGGGUUGGCCGAACUCUCUCUAUAAAAUCGCUCUGACCCAAGAGUUGAACACAACACAAAAGAGUUAAAGUAACAACCAUAUGUGUUGAAGUAAAAUCCACAAUCAAUGUGGUUACCCUUUUUGCAGCCUAAUCAAAUAGGUUUACACAGUUGUCAUAUUAUUGUCCAGAUGUUAUCAAAAAGGUUUUAAAUGCAAAUAAUUAAAAUAAAAAAGGUUUGUAGCAUUCUGACAAUAUCAAGUUUAAAAGCUACUUUGUGGGAAUGGUAUGGGUAUUAGGUAGUGUAAAUGGGUUUUCACAGGUUUGUGAAUAUGAAUAUUUGGCAAGUCUUUAUGGUAAUUAUAUUGACAUUUGAUUGGUUAAAAGCUUAUUAUAAUUAUACAGCCUUAUUGCAUGAAGCAGUAUCAUAAGCUAUUAUGAUGCAAUAGUAAAUUAUGACGCCUUUAACUAUUAACCUGUAUGUAAAAUGGUGGUAUAUAUUAUUAGCGGACGCGCACAGCGCAUUCCAUAUAAACGUUGUGUGUGUUUUAGAUGGAUGGUGGUUCCAACUACGAAGGAGACUAUAUUAUAAAGACCACCAAAUAAGGUGUAGCAUGCCCAAAACAUGUUUUGUGAAACAUGAUAUUUCGACCAUUUUGAAUGGAACUUUAAAAAAAAGUAAACUAACACUUAUAAGUGAUAUAUAUGACGGACAACCGUGCACUAACGUUUUAUCCAUCAAUGUAAAUAGCCUUUUUUAAAGUAUAAAAAGAAUAUCAUUUUAUGGCCAUGUUUUUCUUAUACUUCGUAUCAAAACAUGACGUGAAUGUGUGUGUUAAUAAUAGAUAAGUACAGUGUUAAGAGUAUAUAGAGUUGAAGUAUUCAAUAUGUGUUUUGUGCUUAAUGGAUUUGUGUGUGUUAGUAUAUAUCUCAUUCUAUGAAAUGAAACUUGAUCACUGUUCAUAGUUCGUGUGUGUAAAUGAAUAGUGAUGAUAAAUAUAAUACGAUUCUAUAUCAUAAUUAACGUAUUGCGAAUUAUAUCAAGUUCAUGUGGAACUCUUCAUUUUUCAAGAUGUCUUUUAAAAGACUCUAAUUUCUUUAGCGAAAGUGAAAAAAAAUGUCUUGGGUAAAUACUCCUGUCUCAAAAUUAUUACUGGACGUUAGGGAAAUAUAAGAUAACAAUGUAUAUACAUGUACUCAUAAUUAAUAAUUGAAUGCUAAUCUGUAUUGGAAAAGGAAUGUUCAUUCCUCGUAGAGACACCGCUCCAUUAGUGCUAGCGUUUAUAUUGCCUUUUGAGGGAAAAGAUUCAAGAGGUUAAUUUCAAGAUAAUUGCCAUUUAGAUUGAAUUAAUUGAAUUUGAAAGUAUAUUUCAAUGACUAUUCUAAAUGAAAAAUGUCAAUGAUUUUUCUUGAAUGAUAUCAAUAUCUCAUUCUUUGUAAAACGCCGACAGGAUACACGAACUUUCUAAGUGGGCAUAUUAUACCCGGCUAUUUAUGCCGAUAUCCAAUUAUUUCUAAACGUAAAUUUGGUCCACGAGUAAUCCGAAAUGCUACGGCCUCAUUUUAUUGUUCUAAUUUGUUUAAGGUUAAGGAAGUGAAAAUGUAGUAUUACUAAAAGAAUAGUAAGAAACAUACUCCAUUGGGCUUAAGUACAGUGUUAUACGCUGGAAAAAGUCACUCGAUUUACCUUUGGUCCUUCAUCAAUUAGAUCGAAAAUACUUUCGAUUAAAAAUGAAAAUUGCUAUAGGGUCGACCUGUAUGAAGAUGGAACAGCGCUAGCUGUGCGAAUCGCGUACUUUGCGAAGUUAGAGGUGUUGAUCUAUAUAGACGUUACUUGACUUCACGGAACUGAACAGGGGUCGUUGCAGAAAGAGUUGCGUUUAAACGCAAGUCAACAAAUCAACCGCUAGUCCCAAAUGCGCGCUCUGUUGAUUGGUUG